GCAUUCCCCACCCUCCUGGCCUGGCGUGGCAAGCCCCCAUGGUGUGUCCCUGGGGCAUGUGCCGGGGAGGUGGGCGGAGCGGGAAAAGGGUGAGUCAUGCCCGAGAGCAGCUGGCUGGAUGAAUGUUUAAGCGCUGAUAAAAGUCCAAGAGGAAAUAAAUGGGUGAGGCAGCGUCAGUCGGAGACGGAGCCGUUCGGGGAAACCGAAGAGGAGCAGACGGGAGCGGCCGCCCCUGGCGCCCGGACCCGAAACCCACCUCAGCAAGGCCAGGAUCGUGCCCCCCUGCGGCUCAGAGCCAUGAAAUCCCUGAUCUCUUGGGUCUCUGUACGGCAAUUCCUCUUCAUCUUCCUGUACCUGCUGGUUGUCCUGGGCAUUGCCCCCUUCCUACAUCUGCAGAGCCAGUUCCACCCCCAGGGGCAGAGGAUCCCCUCUCCCAGUGACCCACGGCAGCCCUCACCCCCGGAGCAGGGCAUGUGGACCGUGAACUCCCUCGGGCGCCUGGGGAACCAGAUGGGGGAAUAUGCCACCCUUUACGCCCUGGCCAAGAUGAACGGGCGCCAGGCCUACAUCCUCCCGGAGAUGCACCAACAGCUGGCGCCGCUCUUCCGCAUCACCCUGCCCGUGGUCCCCGGCGACAUGGUCCAGAGCAUCCCAUGGAAGGACUAUGAGCUCCACGACUGGAUGUCGGAGGAGUACAGGCACAUCGAGGGGAAAUACGUCCAGCUGACGGGCUACCCCUGCUCCUGGACCUUCUACCACCACCUCCGGCAGGAGAUCCUCCAGGAAUUCUCCUUCCAUGACCACGUCAAGGAGGAGGCCAACCAGUACCUGGCCGGGCUGCGCGGGCAGCGCCGGAACGUGACCUACGUGGGCAUCCAUGUCCGGAGGGGGGAUUAUGUCCAGGUGAUGGCCGAGCACUGGAAGGGGGUAGUGGCGGACAAGGCCUAUCUGGAGAAGGCCAUGGGCUACUUUCGGGCCAAGUACCAGGAGCCGGUCUUCGUGGUGACCAGCAACGGGAUGGAGUGGUGCCAGGAGAACAUCGAUGCCUCACGGGGGGACGUGUAUUUCUCGGGGGACGGGAAGGAGUCGUCACCGGGGAGGGACUUUGCUCUCUUGGUCCAUUGCAACCACACGAUCAUGACCAUUGGGACCUUCGGCAUCUGGGCCGGUUACCUGGCUGGGGGAGAGACCAUCUACUUGGCCAACUACACCCUCCCCGACUCCCCCUUCCUCAAGAUCUUCAAACCUGAGGCCGCCUUCCUCCCCGAGUGGAUCGGGAUCAACGCCGAUCUCUCCCCGCUGCAGAGUGGGACAACUGGCUAAAGGAGCUCAGACGCUGGCUAUGGGCUGCAAAUGGGAUCCACCCGCCGGGGCGGGCUGCACUGGGGAGAUCGGCGGAGAUUGGAGCUGGGCUGGCGGGGUUCAGAGCCCACACAGAGGAGCCAAUGACCUACAUCAGACAACUUCUCAUAGGAGCGUCCAGAGUGAUGGGGCCAUCUCCAUCCGCAAGGUUGAAUGGUUAGAGUGGGAAGACUGGGAGCCAGGACUCCUGGGUUCUCCCCCUGGCUCUGGGAGGAGUGUGGGGUGUAGUGGGUGAGAGCAAUGGGGGCUGGGAGCCAGGACUCCUGGGUUCUAUCCCCAGCAGGGAGGGAAGUCCAACUUCAUUAGCUAGGGCAGGUAACUCUUGAUAAGUGUUGGCUGUCGGUCACGUUAAAGGACUUUUGUUUUCUA